CUGCUGCUGUCUUUUAGAGCCCUCUGCUGGAUAUUAACUUGCAUCUCUUACAGUGGAGGAGUGAAAAAUGUCUUGAAAGGUUUUUUAUAUGUCAAUGCCGGACACAACUUCUUAAGCAAUUACAAAAUAUUGAAAUCAUCUGUCUCUCUCUGUCUGUCUGCAGCUUUGUGGUGUAACUGCACCACAGCCCAGUGUCAGAAGACUGGCUCCCAGUGUGAGACAGACGGGGCCUGCAUGGCCUCCACAUCCUUCAUCGACGGCCAAGAGCAGCACAUUCGUAUCUGCAUCACCCGGGACAAGCUGGUACCCCCGGGCCAACCCUUCUACUGCCUGAGCGCUGAGGGCCUCCUCAACACACACUGCUGCUACACUAACUACUGCAACAGCCUCAACCUCAAAGUGCCAUCUGGUGAGCUCCACACACAUUCAACAGGGAUAGGCUAUCUGCUGCCAUAGAAGACAUUGGUCUCAAACAUAGUUCACAGUUGUGUGUGGGUUGUUAUGUUUACUCAUUAAAUAUAUACUGAAUUAAAAUAUAAAUGCAACAUGUAAAGUGUUUCAUGAGCUGAAAUAAAAUAUCCCAGAAAUGUUCCAUAUGCACAAACAGCUUAUUAAUGUUGUGCACAAAUGUGUUUACAUUUUUACAUCCCUGUUAGUGAGCAUUUCUCCUUUGCCAAUAUAAUCCAUCCACCUGACAGGUGUGGCAUAUCAAGAAGCUGACUAAACAGCAUGAUCAUUACAUAGGUGCAACUUGUAAUGGGGACAAUAAAAUGUCCCCAGCACAAUGUGCAGUUUUGUCACACAACACAAUGCCACAGAUGUCUCAAGUUUUGAGGGAGCAUGCAAUUGGCAUGCUGACUGCAGGAAUAUCCACCAGAGCUGUUGCCAGAUAAUUGAAUGUUCAUUUCUCUACCAUAAGCCGCCUCCAACGUUGUUUUAGAGAAUUUGGCAGUAUGUCCAACCGGCUUCACAACCACAGACCACAUGUAACCACGCCUGCCCAGGACCUCCACAUUCGGCUUCUUCACCUGCGGGACGGUCUGAGACCAGCCACCCGGACAGCUGAUGAAACUGUGAGUUUGAACAACAGAAGAAUUAUCAGAAACCAUCUCAGGGAAGCUCAUCUGCGUGCUCGUCGUCCUCAACAUGGUCUUGUAUGGCGUCAUGUGGGCGAGCACUUUGCUGAUGUCAACAUUGUGAAAAGAGUGCCCCAUGGUGGCGGUGGGGUUAUGGUAUGGGCAGGCACAAGCUGUGAACAACUAACACAAUUGCAUUUUAUCGAUUGCAAUUUGAAUGCACAGAGAUACCGUGACGAGAUCCUGAGCCCCAUUGUCCUGCCAUUCAUCCUCCACCAUCACCUCAUGUUUCAGCAUGAUAAUGCACGGCCAUCACCCAUGUUGCAAGGAUCUGUACACAAUUCCUGGACGUUCCCGCCAAUAUCAUGCAACUUCGCGCUGCCAUUGAAGAGGAGUGGGACAACAUUCCACGGGCCACAAUCAACAGCCUGAUCAACUCUAUGCAAAGGAGAUGUGUUGCGCUGCAUGAGGCAAAUGGUGGUCACACCAGAUACUGGCUGGUUUUCUGAUCCAUACCCCUACCUUUUUUUUAAGUAUCUGUGACCAACGGAUGCAUAUCUGUGUCCCCAGUCAUGUGAAAUCCGUAGAUUAGGGCCUAAUUUAUUUAUUGAAAUUGACCGAUUUCCUUAUGAACUGUAACUCAGUAAAAUAAAAAAAAUAAAAAAAAAAAGUGAAAAAAAUUUAAAAAGUGUUUUUUUUUAUAUUUUUGUUCAGUGUAAAUUAAAUGUGAAAUAUGUAUUUAUUCUCAUUGUCUCUCUUCACUCUUUCUCAGUGACGCUGCGGCCGGGCCUGGGGGGCGGCUUUGGCCCUGAUGGUACAUGGGGUCCGGUGGAGCUGGUGGCAGUGAUCGCAGGGCCCGUCUGCCUGCUGUGUGUGCUGCUAAUCAUGGGUGUGUUCCUGUUCCAGUACCACCAGAGGGCCUACAGCCACAGGCAGAGGCUGGAGGUGGACCCCUCCUGUGACCACCUCUACAUGGCCAAGGACAAGACCCUGCAGGACCUCAUCUACGACAUGUCCACCUCUGGAUCAGGCUCUGGUCAGUACAGCACAGCUGGGGCUCUCUCUGGGUGUCUGAUCUAUUGAAUCAGUCAUAAAACAGGAACAAAUAAAUUAGUGACUGUGGCUUUAAUGAUGUCUUCCAUAGAAAAAUUAAAUCCAUAGGGGGAAAUGUGGUUGAUAUUCUGUGGUUGAUAUUAGGCAAUGUGAUUCAUUGUCUGACCGUAUAUUCCUCUCUCUUUUUGCCUUGUCUCUGUGUCCCGUAUGUCUCGGUCCUCUCCCUCCUCUGUCUCUGUGCAGGCCUCCCUCUGUUUGUCCAGCGGACGGUGGCCAGGACCAUUGUGCUGCAGGAGAUCAUAGGGAAGGGGCGUUUCGGAGAGGUAUGGCGUGGCCGCUGGAGAGGAGGAGACGUGGCGGUGAAGAUCUUCUCAUCCAGAGAGGAGCGCUCCUGGUUCCGGGAGGCUGAGAUCUACCAGACCGUCAUGCUGCGCCACGAGAACAUCCUGGGAUUCAUCGCCGCAGACAACAAAGGUAAACACUGGCCGUCGUCGUGUGACAUCACAACAGAUUUUCCCCUUCAAAGAGCACUGCUUGUAGCUUUCUGGUGUUUAGGUCAGUUUUCCGUAUUAGGUGGUGUAGUGUCUAAAAAUUGGUCUCUAAACUUAGUCUCUCUUUCUCUCAUAGAUAAUGGCACAUGGACCCAGCUGUGGCUGGUGUCAGACUACCACGAGUACGGCUCUCUGUUUGACUACCUGAACCGUUACUCCGUCACCAUCGAGGACAUGAUCAAACUGGCACUGUCGGCUGCCAGCGGCCUGGCACACCUGCACAUGGAGAUCCUGGGAACACAGGGUGUGUGUGUGUGUGUGUGGUACUUGUGCCCGUGUGCCCAUGUGCAAACUGGAUUGCAUGUUGCUGUAUGUGUGUAUUCUUCUGGACUCUUUGAUUUGUUCCCUACUCCCCCUUUUCCUGGCCUCUAGCUCUGCAAACAGUGAAUGUAGGCCAUGCUUCUAGCUGGUAGGAAACUCCAGUUCGGGGUUAUUGAUCUGCCUAGUAUGAGUUGCAUAGCAGCCCCUCUAAACUAAAGCAUCUCUUGAUAGGUCAAUUAUUAACGUCAUUCAACAUUUGAAGUUUUGUUGACUGUCAUUGGAAGCCAGUGGUAUACUGCAGAUAACCAUGAUUGUUUGAUUUAAAUGAAUUGGACAACAUAAAACACAUUUCACACAAACAUGUUAAUGAUCAGUUACAUGAGUUCAAUUGAUUGCCAGGAAUGCAGUAAUUGUCAGGUAGGCUAACUCUCUCGGCCUUCGUCUAGGUAAGCCUGGUAUUGCCCACCGGGACCUCAAGUCUAAGAACAUCCUGGUGAAGAAGAACAGUACCUGUGCCAUCGCUGACCUUGGGCUGGCAGUGCGCCACGAGUCUACCACUGACACCAUAGACAUCGCUCCCAACCAGAGAGUGGGCACCAAGAGGUACAAACACACACAUACCCUCAACCUUAAGAAGUACUUGAUUUCUCAACUUCACCCACUGACCCCCCCCCCCCCCCCCCCCCCCCCAAUACAUCCCACCACCUAUCAGGGAUAUAGACCAGCUUACAAACACAUAUUUGCUCUCUUUCAGGUACAUGGCCCCUGAGGUCUUGGAUGAGAGCAUCAACAUGAGGCACUUUGAUUCGUUUAAGUGUGCAGACAUCUACGCUCUGGGGCUGGUCUACUGGGAGAUCGCACGCCGCUGCAACGCUGGAGGUCAGACAGGCUCCCCCCUCAGCACACUCUGGCUGAGUCCCAACUGGCACCCUAUUCCCUAUAUCAGGGAUCAUCAACUAGAUUCAGCCUCGGGACGAUUGUUUCUUGAGCGGAUGGUCAGAGGGCCGGAACAUAAUUACAAAUAAUUUGUAGGCUGCAAAUUGACCCAAGAAGCCCAAAGAGAUAUAAUAUUUGACUAAAACUUAAUCAUUUCAAACCUUGCUUACAUUUGUAUUCGAUCACAUACACUGAAUGUACAAAACAUUUCAUAGACUGACCAGGUGAAAGCUAUGAACCCUUAUUGAUUUCACUUAAAUCCACUUCAAUCAGUGUAGAUGAAGGGGAGGAGACAGGUUAAAGAAGGAUUUUGUAUGUGUGCCAUUCAGAGGGUGAAUGGGCAAGACAAAAGAUUUAAGUGCCUUUGAACGGGAUAUGGUAGUAGGUGACAGGCGCACCGGUUUGUGUCAAGAACUGCAACGCUGCUGGGUUUUUCACGUUCAACAGUUUCCUGUGUGUAUCAAGAAUGGUCCACCACCCAAAGGACAUCCAGUCAACUUGACACAACUGUGGGAAGCAUUGGAGACAACAUGGGGGGAAGGUGUUCUGUUUUGUUUUGUACACAGUGUAUAUCUCUCUAUUAUGCGUGGGAAUACUUUGGAACAGAUUUCCUAAAUUAAAAUCACUUGAAGCUGAUUUGCUGGUGUUUUUACAGUCUUUUUUAUGUCCAACAAAAAAAAAUUUAAAAAAUAACUUGGGUGCCAAAUAAAAUCUCCCGCACGCCGAAUUCGGCACGCCAGUUGGGGAACCCUGCCCUAUAUAGUGCACUACUGUGGAACAGGGCCCAUAGGGCUCCCUAUAGUAGUGCACAAUAUAGGGAAAAGGGUGUCAUUUGGGUUGCAUACAGUAUCUCUGUCACUGUAGUUAAAAGUUUAAUUCACCAUCAAUUAGAAACUGGACCUUUCCUGACCUUUGACCUCUGCCCCUAGGUAUCCAUGAGGAGUACCAGCUUCCCUACUAUGAUCUGGUGCCCUCUGACCCCUCCAUAGAGGAGAUGAGGAAGGUGGUGUGUGACCAGAAACUACGGCCCAACGUGCCCAACUGGUGGCAGAGCUACGAGGUAGGGAUGGACACAUAUAGCUAUGCAUGCUCUUUUAAGGUCAAUCAAACGAUCCUAUUAUGAUAGCACAGCAGUCGCUCACUGAUAUGAAAGUGUCACUGGUUUCUUAUAAGUAUUACAUUGUAUGCUUGUGUAUUUAAAUGAAGUAUGUUCAUUUGCCGGGCUUGUUCUCUGGGGGUGCAUUGGUGGUUUUGAUAAGCUUGUUUAGCCCUGUGCAUAUCUGCACCAUAUUUGCAUGUAUGACUUUCUCUAAUCUCACUUUCUUCAUGUUCGCUCUACCCUUGGUCCAAUUUUCCUGCCCAGAGCUUUAGAUAACACUCUACUUUAUCUCUCCUUAUUUUUUCCCCUCCCCCCAGGCCCUGCGUGUAAUGGGAAAGAUCAUGAGGGAGUGUUGGUAUGCCAACGGAGCCGCCCGCCUCACCGCCCUGCGCAUCAAGAAGACCCUGUCCCAGCUCAGUGUCCAGGAGGACAUCAAAGUC